AAGGUUGAACGAGAAUCUGACAGAAACGGAGAGAGCGCGCGGAACAAGAGGAAAUGUCAAAAUGGGAGAAGAAGUGAUGAUACAAAGUAACAAGUGAGUGACACAAUAAUAUGAAGUUUUUGUCAUCAUAACUGUGUCUGCGCUGGAUACUUUGAUUGCAGCCUGUUUCAUGGCUCGCGGGAUGCAGCUGCAGUGGUGAUGCGCGUGCUGUAAGUGUGGCGGCUGCGCGAGCGAGCGAACAGGAAGCGCCAUAGCGACGCUCGCUCACUGUCACCGCACACUGCUGUUUAAGCAUGUCCACAGAUGACAGCAUCUCUGAGGACGUGUCCAGCUCUGUGGCUUUGAGCCAUGAUCAGAUCAGUGCCAAUGGCGGGAAAGAGAGUGAGGCUUCCAUCGUCUCCUCCGAGGACACUGUGUCAGGUCUCCCCCAAGAGGAGCGAUCCGCGUCACACCCCGUCCAGACCUUGGAGGGCUUCCUACAGGCGACCGAGGGGGCAAAUCGACCCUCCACCACACCAGCAUGCAAUAUUUCGAACAAAAUAAGGAAUCUGUGUCUUCGCACUGAGGAGGAGUUCAGUUCAGGAAGAAGUCUGCCCUUUAUCAACCCCAGCUCAAUAGAGACCCUCAGAGCCCUUGUCCAGGAGAUUCAGAGCAGUGGAGAGGCAGACCCUGAGAUCUGGAAAAACUGUGAGGGCCGGUGGCUACAUCUCUUUCAGUUGGUAGAAAAGCAAUACCAAGAGCAAAUUCUUGCUCAGCAGGAACAGUACCAGUGCCAAAUACAGCUAAUACAGGAUGAAAUCAAGGCGUUAGUUCAGUGCCAAAACCGGCAAAUCAGUGCACAGGCACCCUCUCUGGACCCGCCCCUGCACACGGGUAAGAACCCCAAGCAUCUAAUGAACCUGCCGACCGAGAACACCUUCUUACCCUCGGCCCCGGAGCCCCUGUCACCCCCUCAGCUUACCGUUCACCCUCAGGAGAGCUCGGAGGAGGGAAUGGCUACUGUCUUGAGCAGCGGCUAUGGGACUCUUUCCACAUUUGGAUUAGAACCAGGAAGGCCCGGUUCUGCAGAAGGGAGGGAUGAAGUGCUGUGGUCCCCGAACCAGCAGGACGGCAGUCUUACGCCGUCCCCCAUACCUGACACAAGCCCAUUGGGUCAGAACCUGCCGAGCAGAACGAUUUCAGCCAAUGACAAGCUCCACACGACUGCCUCAAUCGCACCUAAUGCACCGGCUGACAAACAUAGAGUAAAAAGUCAACCUCUGACCUCCUGGGCCCAAAGGCAAAAACACAAACAGAGAAAGAGCAGAACAGCACAAAACAGGCUGUUACGUGUGGAGGAGAGAGUUGGGAGCACAGCAGGAGCAGAAUCUCCUAAGGAACACACUGAUCAUUUAGAUGAACGUGGAUGCAGUGCAUUGUCCAUGAAUCCUCUGCCACUGAAGAGAAGUGACAGUCUGGUGUCUGAAGUCUCAGGUCUCUCUUACUGGAAGCUGGAUGAGAGUGAGCUCUACCGCCCCCUACCUGACAACUUUGAAAGUGGUUCCUUUAGCCUAAUGCAGACCCCAGAAGAGAACCGCCUCUCUCUGUCUCUGCGUGAGAUCUACCACAGCAAGCAGAGAACAGAUCCCAAAGGCCAUGAGUGUGACUCCUUAAUCAACUCCUCCAUCUCCUCCCCUCAGGUGUUUACUCUCGACACGGUGCAUAUGAAACACUCUGACUGCACGUCAGGCUUCACGUCUCCGUCGCACUUCAGCAGUCCAUCUGCACAGGCCCGCCCCUGUGCUGGUAGCAGCGGAGCGCAUGUCAGUCCGGACUCCAUGGGUGUGCGCAGCCACAGUGACACCGACUGCAUCUCCAACGCCAGCAGUCUGUCUGCGCAGCAGGCACCUGACUGGACGCUCCGAACUAACCAGGCCAACAGCGAGGACGACGGCAGCCACACUGCCACGGUCACCGUGCAGCCCAGAGGGCCGUCCGCUCACGAGAACAGAAGCAGUUCGGGAUCAGGCACUGGGAGGCUGGAGGGAACGACCUCGCUGGAAGAUCCAGUGGUUCUCUCACUGUUGAGACAAAACCUUAGAGAGAAGAAUGCUCGGCACAUAGCAGAUCUCAGAGCAUACUACGAGGCCGAGAUCAGUGCUCUGAAAGAGAAGCUGGACCUGGUGAAUUUACCGGCCGACAUGGAGAAAAGCAACCAGAUCUUACUUGAGAGAUGUCAGCACCUGGAACGAGCGUUAACAGAGGCGAGCACACGCAUCAGAGAGCUGGAGAUGAGAAACCGUCUCUUGGAGAGGCAGCUGAUGGAGUGGCCAGGACGUUACGAUGCAGCGAGCGCCACAGUCCAGUCGCUACAGCAGCGGUUAGAAGAGACCAAACACAGCAGCCGAGAGAAAGACGUCACCGUGACCAAACUGAAGAACCGCCUGUGUCAACUGGAGGAAGCCUUCCAGAAAGCCUGUAAAGAGGUGGAUGAGAAGGAGGCACGCAUGAUGAAAGAACACAAGAUGCUGCAGGAUCUGUUGCACGAGUAUGAUUCAUUGAGGAAGGAACAUGAAGGAACUAAGGACAAGUUGGUCUCAACUGAAAAUAAGCUCUUUGAUGCCAAUGAACAAAUAUGUGAACUGAAAAGGGUGGUGUCUAAGCUGGAAUCUCAGAUCAGACAGCUACAGCAUGAGAAUCAGGCUAAAUCACGUCAGUCUGUCCACAGUUACUCACAGCCCUCCGGAGCGGGAUUGUUCCAUCACCCUGAUCUGCUGCUUUCGCCGAGUAAAAGAGAACGAGGUGUUGAAUUUAGCAUAAGGAACGGUGCUGGUCUCAGGGUUGAACAGACAUCUGGAUCAUCCUCUGACAGAACAACCAGAGGACGGGUGUCUCCUCCACAGAGAGAGCAGAAUCAGGACCACUCUGAGGAGCAGAGGAAGAGAGAUGUUCCCCUGACGCCCAUGAUGAAGGCCCUGAUUCAGAUGGAGGACACUAAAGCCACAGAGGGACGAGCUCUGUCCAACACCAAAUGCACUUCCUCUAGAUUUUCUAGGAGGAGGCCUACAGUGGCUUUUGUGGAGAAUUCUGUGAGGGAAUCACUGCAGGAGCGGAGUGAAGCCGUGCUGAGGUCCCAGAGGAGUCUCUCUCCUGAGGGCCACAGGUCAUCAUCUCUGCCCCCCAGGGCACAGAGACCACUUCCUAUCUCCACACCUACAAAGAGAGACACAUUACUUGUGCCUCUCUCAGCCAAGUCCAGUCCUAAACGCUGCCCUACAGAGAACUUCUCCACUGCAUUCGGUCACCCUCUUCCAUCUCAAGAGCACAUGCAGACCAGGUUUGAUGUAGUUUUUGAUCGACAUGGCGUCAGUUCCUCUUUGCCGUCCCAUCCAAGCCCGAGAAAGAGGCUGCAGUUUAGGUCGACUGAGAGACCAGAAGGUAGCGUUCAGUCCAGUGUGUGCUCGUCUGAGGCUGCAGAGAGCAGCGGGUCUGAAGAGCAUGCGGCCGCACACAGCUGGCAGGAACAGGAAAUUGGCAUGGCAGAUGCUGGUGAAGACACGCCCCUCUCUUGUCAGCUGCGAGUUCAGUCGUUGGCCGACGCUGAACGCCUCUUUGAUGAGCUCACACAGGAAAAGCAGCAGAUUGAAUCAGCGUUGAGCAGGUUUCCAGGCGCCGGGGCCCGUGUAACAUUGCAGACCAGGCUAGACGAGGUUUCAUUGGAGAAUCGCCUAGAAAAGGUGAACCGUGACCUGGGAUUCAUCCGCAUGACUUUGAAACGAUUCAACAUCCUUCGGUCCUCAGCCCACAUCUAGUCAGCUGCCACUGCGGACUGUCUGUUAUGAAUUACGAUUACAUUCAGUGGCUUUCUUAAUCCUGGACCAUAUGAAUUAUCAUUACAAAUAUUAUAAUGGAAUAUUCAAAAGCGCCACUGUACAGAUUCCAAUGUGUACAUUCAGUAAAUAUUUCUACUUUUGUAUUUGUAGGAUCUAUUUUAUUACAUGCUGAACAUGCUCCAAAGUAUAUUUUAAUAAUUUCUAGAUUUGUAAAUGCAUUUGACUUUUUUAUGUCACAGAAAUAUGGAAAAUGUAUGCUCAACUCAUGCAGGUUAAUGAUGUGUAUAUAUAGUAUUUGUAUUUUCUUUUAUUGCUGCUGAUCUAAAUGAAUGGCAAAAACGUAGUGCUGCAGGGCAGUUCAUUUGCAGUAUAUGUUUUAAUUCACAUUCAUUCCACAUUGUCUUACAGUAAAUGACACUCGAAAAGAAGUUUGGCUUUUACACUUCGGUUUCAUCGUUUGUGGCAUGUUCAUUAAUUUGUUCUGUAAUAACAUUGCCUGUGACAUGUGAGCAGAGAAUGAUAAUAUGCAUCUGGCAAUGGAAUGAGUUGAGUUGCCUUGUUGAAAUCAUCUCGCACAAAGAAAAACUCAAACCUGCGUACUGUUUACACGUUAAGUUCAAAGGAAGAUCUUUGACAUUUUGAAAUGCAACAAGCACAGGAUGUACUGCUUACUUUGAUGCAUGAAAUCCUCUCUGCUUUUCCAUUUUUAGCUGUUGAAAUUUAAUUUUUUCCCCUGUUGCUCACAAAAUCUUUUUAACCGUUGCACUUAAAUGUUCCACAAUUAAAACUGCAUA